AUGAACUUUUUAAAUAGCAAUGAUAUUAAUAUACUCGAUCUACCAGAUGAAAUAUUAUCUAUUAUUUUCAAUAAACUGAACACGAUCGAUAUAUUCUAUUCAUUGGUGGGUGUAAAUCAUCGAUUUGAUCUACUAACACUCGAUCCUCUCGUUAUUCAUCAUUUUGAUUUUGCAAUUGAAAAAUCUCAUGUUCAUAAUUCUUACAUUCUUGAUAAAGUUUGUUCGAAAAUUUUACCUCGCAUUAAUGAUAAAAUAACCAAACUUACUCUUGAUUCAUUUUCGACGCAACGUAUUCUAAGUGCUGUAAAAUAUCCCCAUCUACAUUCAUUUUCAUUGAUCAAUUAUCAAUCUUAUGUACUUCUACGACAUUUACAAGAUGGUGUGAUAUCUUUUCUAAAUAAUCAAAUUACAGAUCUUACCGUUGAUAUUUAUCAUGACAAGGGAGAAUUAUCUGAUGAGCUGGAAACAACUGUAUUUUUAGCAAUAUUAUUCUUCUGGAUUUUCUUUAUCUUUAACUUAACUAUAAAAGUAAAUCGUUUUGAUGAUUGUCUUUAUUUUCUUAAUGGAUGUUUUCAAUCUUUAUCAACGUUGAUAAUUCAUAUAAAGAAAAUUACUCGUUUAUCAUCGAAUAUUAAUAAUAAGGAAAAACUUUACAAAUUGAAAUGUUUCUCAUUAGUAGGAGAACAGUAUUCGUACUUCUAUGAUACAUUAAUUGUUCCAUUGUUUCGUCGAAUGUUAAAUCUUGAAGAAUUAUCAUUACAACUCUCAGUAAUGAGAGGUGAAAUAUCUUAUAUCGAUGGUAAUCAAUUAUAUGAACAAGUUCUUAAUGAUCUACCAUCGAAUGAUGAUAUUCGAAAUAGUUUUAUUAAACAAGGCUUUCAAUUAGUUGGUACACGUGUCACUAAAAUAUUUAGAAAUAAUGGAGGUGAUUGUCAUGUUUAUUCUCUUCGAUAUCCAUUUAGUGAUUUCUUAUUUCUCACUAAUUGUUUUCAAGGUGGUCAAUUCAAUAGAGUUCGAAUGUUAGUGAUGCGUGAUAGAUAUCCAUUUGAAUAUAUAUUAUUCAAAAUUAUUUCUGAAGAUUUUCCUUUUCUUGAAAACUUAAUCAUAUUAAAUUUAAAUGAACUAAAAAAUGAUCAACAUCAUUCGUCUACAUUGAUUACAUUUAAUUAUCUUUUCAAACUUAAUCUUACCAGUGCACACAAUGACUAUGCUACACUAUUUCUUUCUCACAGAAGUACAUGUUUACCUCGUUUAACGAAUCUCAAAAUUAGAUACAACACAUUAGCAACUAUGACAAAUAAUUUUACCAAUGAUGAAACACGUCUCAAUUGUGCUAAAAUAAAAUCUCUAUACGUGUCUGAUCUAACUGUUCGUUCACAAAAUUUUGAUUCAUACUUUCCCUCUCUCUGUAAUUUUUCUUAG